CUUAUUUCAUUGGUGUGGAAGAUUUGAAAUUGUCAUUUGAUUUGAAUUUUUUCGGUUGGUAAAUUUUUUAUAAUUUGACUAUCCUAGCCGUAGGUUGUGAUGGUAAUGAAUUGCCAAUUGAAGCACAACCAUUGACGAUGACUAUACAAAUUAUGUGACUAUUGAAAAAGGCAUUGGAGAUGUGGAGAGGGUUAUAAUUGGAAGAUUGAUUUAUUUUGCAUGCUAAUCAAAAUGAAUUCUCUAAGUUGUUUUGUUAUACGAGAUACAUAGAUAGGAUGCAAUUUUACUUUCAUCCUUCAAGAUGGACUUAGCUCAUCUUCUAUUUCAAAUUUUCAAUUCACAUCACACAUUUUGUAACUUCUUUUAAUGGUGAUGACUUAGCAUGCAACAGGAAUUUUGCCAUCUUAAUGUGGUUGACCUUACGUUAGAUUUGCGACUAUCCUUUCCCUUGUUGGGGAGAAAACAUGGCAUGUUCCAUGACGGUAUCCAUUGCAAGGUUGGCGGCGGCAGUUGCUUGCCCAACUUGACAUACAGCUGUUCUGCAUUUUCUACUAUUUUGAGAUUGUUUUGUUGUAUAAGUGACAAACUUAGGACCAGUGAAAUGCUUCCAAACUGGAGUAAUUUGAUUAAAAAUAAAUUGUUAUGUUCUAUCAAUUACCUCCUAUUCUCGUAGUCAGAUGUGCUUCCGGUUGACUCGAUGCAUUGAGGUUGAUUCUUCCAUAUGUAGGGUCUUUGAGAUGGGACAUGUGGAGGAGAAGAUAGACCUCGAGUCUGAUGAGGAGAUCCCCUUCAACUCAUUACAAACUAUGAGUAAAGCACACAAUUUUGAUUUUGAGGCCACUCAGGUUGGGUCACAAGCGAUUCCUUCCACUUCGUGGGUUGAGCAGAUGCGCUUCAGACCUCUUAGGAGUGUUUACAUCGUGUUAAUAAAAGCAAAGAUUAACGUGUUGCUUCCAUUUGGGCCCCUUGCAAUCUUGCUGCACUAUCUUACUGGAAACCAUGGAUGGGUCUUCUUCUUCAGUUUGUUGGGUAUUGCACCUUUAGCCGAGCGUUUGGGUUAUGCAACUGAGCAGCUAGCAUUCUAUACGGGACCGACAGUUGGGGGCCUUUUAAAUGCUACAUUUGGCAAUGCAACCGAAAUGAUCAUAUCAAUAUACGCUUUGAAGCAUGGGAUGAUUAGGGUAGUUCAACAGUCAUUAUUGGGGUCUAUCUUGUCAAAUAUGCUAUUAGUGCUCGGAUGUGCCUUUUUCACUGGUGGGAUCAUUCAUAAUGAGAAAGUGCAGCGUUUCAAUAAGGCAGCUGCUGUGGUGAACUCAGGAUUGUUGUUGAUGGCUGUUAUGGGAAUAUUGCUUCCAGCAGUACUUCAUUUCACACACACAGAGGUGCACUUUAGAAAAUCAGAGUUGGCUCUUUCUAGAUUUAGCAGCUGUAUAAUGCUGGUGGCAUAUGCAAGCUACCUUUUCUUUCAGCUGAGAAGUCAGCACAAGUUUAAUGAUUCUGUGGAUGCCGUUCCUGUUGAAGAAAGAAACAGUACAGAAGAUUCUGAUGUAGAAGAGGUUGCUGAUAUUACUCAAUGGGAAGCAAUUGGGUGGCUUUCUAUUCUGACUUUGUGGGUGUCUAUACUAUCAGGAUACCUUGUUGAUACUUUGCAGAAGCAUUAUCUGGGAGUUCUGGAAGAAUUGAAAGUCAAUCUUUGCUUAUGUGUAACAUGGAACCCAUCCUUGUUAGUGAAGGAUCAAGAAGAUAUAUGUGACUAUCUGAAGCAACCACAAUAUAAAGUGUACAGUUUCAGCAUCAGUCCACCCUCCUUCAGCGAAAUAGGAUUUGGAAACCUCUUUUUUCAUUGAAAAAGCUCGAGGAUUCAAAAUCAGUGAUCAUGCUAGCAAACUGGCUUCAGUUCAGGCUGCAUCUUAGAGCCCAGGCUCAUCAAGUAUGACCUGAAUGUAUAGUUCAUGUUGACUUCUGGACAAUGAUUUCUUUUGGCUAAAUACUGGACAAGGAUUUCGCUUUGGACUUAGAAUUUAGCAGCCUCCCUUUGGGCAGGAAUUGUCAAGCGACUCAAGCUCUCUUUUAUGCUGCUGAUAAACAAAUAAAGCUCUUUUCCGGAUCUGAGAAUUGAGGGGAUAGUCAAUUUACACAAGCAGUUGAUGGUUUCAUUGUUUUGAUGUACUU